GAUAAUUCUCUCCUUUUCUCAUCUCUUUGCAGAAUUUAGCAGCGCAUUCUCCAACUCCCAUUCAGUGAAAGAAGAAAUGAAAAGUUUGCAACUUCUCUCAUUUUUGUUGCUUUCUUGCAUCAUCACCCCAGCAAAUACAUAUGGAGGAAAGAAAAAAGAGGCACUGGGAUCACAGAGUCAGCACACUAGAACAAAGAAAGAUCAGCAAAACUUUGAAACCAAAUUUCGACUCUAUACAGAUACAAAUGAAGAAGGCUGUCAGAUUUUUUUUAAUCAGUUGGAGACUCUUGACAAAUGCCAUUUCAAUGCCUCUCUUCCUCUGGUGAUGAUAGUCCAUGGCUGGUCGGUAGAUGGGAUGUUAGAAGGUUGGAUAUGGAAAAUGGCAGCAGCUCUGAAAUCUCAGCAUAAACAAAUUAACGUGAUCAUUGCAGAUUGGCUUACAUUUGCUCACCAGCACUAUCCCAUUGCUGUACAAAAUACACGCUACAUAGGACAGGAGAUAGCAGACUUCCUGGAAUGGCUGGAGGAAUCGGUUCAAUUUUCCAGAAGCAAUGCUCAUCUGAUUGGGUACAGCCUAGGAGCUCAUGUUUCAGGAUUUGCUGGAAGUUUUAUCAGCGGUACAAACAAGAUUGGAAGAAUUACAGGCCUUGACCCUGCUGGUCCCUUGUUUGAAGGAAUGUCGCCAACAGACCGUUUAUCUCCAGAUGAUGCAAACUUCGUAGACGCAAUUCAUACAUUCACUAAACAGCACAUGGGUCUCAGUGUUGGCAUCAAGCAGCCUGUGGCUCAUUUCGACUUUUAUCCCAACGGAGGCACCUUUCAGCCUGGCUGUCACAUCAUGCAUGUGUAUAACCACAUUGCACAAUACGGAAUUACUGGCAUCACUCAAACCGUGAAAUGUGCCCACGAGAGGUCAGUUCAUUUGUUCAUCGACUCUCUGCUUCACAACGACAAGCAAAGCACAGCAUACGGGUGCAACGACAUCAACACUUUCAACAAAGGAAUGUGCCUCAGCUGUAGAAAGAACCGGUGCAACACACUGGGCUACAACAUCAGGGAGGAAAGGCUCCCCAAAAGUAGACAACUCUUUUUGAAAACAAGAGCACAUAUGCCUUUCAAAGUCUAUCAUUAUCAGUUCAAGAUCCACUUCAUCAAUGAAAUCCAAGACAAGCAGAUAGACCCAACUUUUACCAUCUCUCUGACAGGCACUAAGGAGGAUGCUAAAAACCUGCCAAUCCCACUAGUUGAAGGUAUUAGCGGGAAUAAAACCUACUCUUUUCUUCUCACCCUGGACACUGAUAUCGGUGAGCUAAUAAUGAUCAAAUUCAAAUGGGAAGGAACUGCAGUUUGGGAAAAUAUCUGGGACACAGUUCAAACCAUAAUACCAUGGACAAAAGGCACCCGUCGACCAGGACUUAUAGUGAAGACAAUAAGAGUGAAAGCAGGGGAAACACAACAAAAAAUGACAUUUUGUUCUCAAAGCAUUGACAACGUUCACCUUCAUCCAGCCCAAGAGAAAACAUUUGUGAGAUGUGAAGAUCGCUUUCGGAGACAAAACAGAAAGUGAGCAAGAAUGCAAGAAACAACUACUCACACAAAUAUAUUCAAAAUACUAUACAUCUAGUAAAAUGUUUUAAAAAUACAGCUACAUUAAAUUUAAAUACCCUGAUGGUUUCAGAGGUGGUGAAGAAAAUACAUUAAAAAAAAUAAAAUCUAGAUUUUGUGAUUCAACAGUAAACUGAAACAUGCCCAUGAACAGCAACUGUCAUUUUAAAGUUGUUUAAAGUUUAAAAAAAAAAAACACUCACUAGAAAUAAAAAGAUUACUAUUUGAAAGAAUCACUGCAACAAGCCUUUGAAAAAAUUCAUUUUCUUGAUUUAAGGGAGAAAAGGAGCCUCAUUUCCCAUUAAAUACUUCAAAACAUGAAUAGUGACUACUAUCAGUUAAAACCUUCCUAAAUUAUUUCCUAAUGAAGGGGGAGUUAGAUAAUUCAUAGAAGAAAAUAUUCCCAAAUAGAUAACAUCAUUAACAAAGAGUUUGAAUUUUAACUUUAUAACAUUAAAAAACUAAAACACAUCUCAACAUACAGAAUGCUUGAGCUAUCUGUCAUAACCAUGACAAGCCAAAUAACUAUAUCACCUAAAAAUGCUAUACUAAACUUUGUCCUAUUGGAAAAUGCUUUGCUGUUUAAUUAAAAUGCUUUGCUGUUUUAAUUAAAGUACUGAUUUAAAUUACCAGUAAUUUAGUUAUUUUAAUGAUGCUUAGUAUAUUACAGGCAAUUCUAUCACAACUGAAUUCAGUUAACUUUUGCAUUAAAAUCAUAUUUACCUGUUUGGGUAAGGCCUGAGAUUUUUAGAUUUUUAGUCACUGUAUAGCAGAUUUUAGCACAAUUUGAAACUGCAUUAAUAAAUGAAAAUGGUAAAACCCUCAAGCAUCUUCAAUGCAUAUAAACAAACUUUAAAAAUUCAAACAUAUACAGUUCCCCUGUUUCCUAUGACAGAAUAUAAACUACAUAAAGAAACAUUAUUGUCUCAGAUUCUUUUUAUUUUAUGGUUAGUGCAUACUGAAAUAGAAAUCAGUAUGUAUGCCAGAGUAUCUCAUUUGUCACUUUGCAAUGCUAAGCACAAGAUUAAUUAAAAAUUAUGUUUCUACUAUUCUGUAUUAUGAAUGUAAUUUGUUUUAAAUGUUCUCUAAAUGGUAAAAAAUGUGGAAGAUAGUCCUAAGACCUGAAGCAAAGCAUAUCUUCCAUACCGAGAUAUUGCAGGGAAUUUUGAAUCAAAAGAUACAGAUGUCAUCAGGAUUAAAGUGAGAUUUAUUUAAAAAGCAUGACAAAUGAACAAGUUGAGCAGAUCCCGCAGGCAAGGAACAGUGAUCACAUGUUGAAGGCAAGCAUCUUUGCCGACCAUUCAGAAUAUUAACUUCUAACUUUUAAAAGCUGUUUUCAAUAACUACCGUUCCUUUAAACAAACAGCAAUAUUCAAUACAGAAACAGGAAGGCUGACUAAAUAUGACAGGAACUGAAGCAUACUUACUUUUCAAAUGAGGAUGGAAUGAGGUGUACAUUUCAGAAGCUGGUCUGGGAUUUAAAACGGCCACUUGAAGUAGCAUCUUGAUUGGGGGAAACAUUUAUACAUUUAGAUACGAAUUCCAUAUAAAAGAAUCUUUAGAUCUUCACCGAAAAUGAAGGUUUGUGCUUUAAGUUUUGCUCAAUGAAACAAAUUGGUUUUUUUUAAACAUGAGAAGUAUUUCCAACUUCCAUGUCAAAAAUUACAAUUUAAGUCAUCAAUUCUGUGCUUCAGGCUGCUAUCCUCCAAACUUCAAUUUCCUAACAUAAUUAUUUUAUUAAAGCUCCGUAAUGUGUUCUGUGUUUAUAUAAAAAUUGAUCACUUAAAUACAACAGCCAAAAGUCAAAAUCAGGAGUAGACAAGGAUUAGGGAAAUUUCAGCAAUAUGUAUCCCGGAAAGACUUAGGUAAGCACCAGACAUUUUUUAGAUGAUGGUUGGUUGUUUUGGGGUUUUUUUGGUGCUUGGUGGUUUUUUUUUUGUUUUGUUGGGUUUUUUUUGUAGUAGCUGUAAUCCACUGGCAAGACACAAUUGCUGUCACCCAGUGACAGCAUUUUUAGGGCAUGAAGUUGAAACGGACUGUGUCCUGAAGAAUGACAGACAAGGAACAAAUGACAAUGUGGCCAUUUUAGUUUUCCAAAGCAGGAUGAAAAAUGGGACAGAGAGAGAGAGACAGAAGUAUGUGUGUGGCUAACUCAAAUUAUGCCUCUCCCUAGAUUGUCUCUGGAAUUCAAUUUUUGCUUCCGGAGAAAGCUAAAGAACUGCCGCUUUUACUUCUCAUGUUUUGGGUUGUUUUGUUUAUAAGAUACUGUCUAUUUAUAGAAGAACUGCUGUCAUUGGAAUUGCAUCUACAGCAGUGGUAAUCACCGGCUUUCUAAGCUAUGAACUUUGAAAUCUUCCUGAACCAAACCCUACCCCUGCUCCUCAAAAACGACUUUGGUCAGAAGGUAGUGAAGGAUGACAGAGCAAGAGACAAAGGCUAGAAAGAACCGGACUGUGCUUCUCCAGUGCAGAAACUACCACGUUAGCAUUUCGCUAUACCUAGAAAAAAGCACUAGAGAGUUGGCGAGACAGCUUUUAAUGAGAUUAGUAUGAUGUAAAACAUACAUGUUCACACAGCCUUUCAAGUCAUGAUCUUCCUGUAGUCACACACCCGAACACACUUAGAAACAUUUUAGACAUUAAAAUUGGCAUUUCUUUCACAUUACUAUCACUUACUUGGUAAGGAGGCUGAUAAAGAGACCUAAACCUUAGGAGAAACAAGCUUGAAAACAUUAGUUCAGCAAAAGCAGACAGAAAAAAGGUCAGCGAUGCCCACAGUGCACUGAAAUUCAAGUAACAGGGAUACUGCAGUCUGAGGACUUCUAAAAUUUCUGUGGAAAAAACAUUCUCCAGUACAAAUGAAACAAGCUAGUAUAUCCUCAGAUAAGAAUCUAAAAACUUUUAAAAAGUCAAAUAAGAAAAUUAAAAGGACAUUCAGUAUUUGAACUCUUGCAGAUACGAAGAUACUUACUCUGAUGUCAUUUUUCACAAACCCUAUGUCCAAAUAAAUUCUGUCCUUAUGUUUUGAUACGCAUUAACUGAUUUCUGAUGUAAAAAUGAAAUAAAGCCCAAGUCGCAGCACA